AUAUCUCCCUCCCCAUUUUCUGCCAUCUUCAAAUUCUCUCUCUCUCUCUCUCUCUCUCUCUCUCUCUCUCUCAUGGAAAACCAAAACCGUCUGAAAACACGAAUCUCUCGCAUGUUCCGAUCCUCAUUCGGAUCAUGCAAAACCAAACAACACUUAACCGAUGUUAUGGAAAAACCACUCUUUGCACCUCCCAAUCACAACAACCACCACCUCCCCAUCCCUUACAAAACCGUUCUACCCUUUUACCCUAUUUCCAAACCCAAACCUUUCCAAACGACCGAUGACAUGUCGUUUAACCUUCCUCAUUCUCUUCCACGACGCAAAAUAUCAUCUUGUUCAUCACCUUUUCUCUGUGGUGCAAAUAGCAAUAACAACAACAACAAUAACCUUAAACUAGAUAGAAAACAACCUUGUCCCCCUGUUUCACCAAACACCCCUCUCAACAACACUACCUUCGACCAAAAAGAAAACAACAACAACCUCAGCUUCUACGAAAAAACACACGGUUCAACGAAAAAUGUUACAAAAAAGAAGAAAAAAAAGAAGAUGAAGAAGAAGAAACAUACCCAGAAGAAAAACAGAGCUUUUCCUUUCAAUUCAUGUGCUAAAGAUACAAACUUUGAUAGUUAUUGGUGGUAUAGCAGCGAUGAAGAUGAUGAAACAGAUACUCUUUUCUCUUCAAAAUCUCUCUCUUCAGAUUCCUCUAAAUCUCGCCGGAAAAAGUCAUCUCGCCGGAAAAGUGACCGGAGUUCUGAAAUGGGUAUUCUUCCGUUGAACGGAAAGGUAAAAGAUACAUUUGCAGUGGUGAAACGUUCUAGUGAUCCGUACAAUGAUUUUAGAACUUCGAUGGUUGAAAUGAUUAUUGAGAAACAAAUAUUUUCACCAAGUGAUUUGGAGAAUCUUUUACAGUGUUUUCUUUCACUCAAUUCUCAUCAUCAUCACAAGAUCAUUGUUCAAGUUUUCACAGAGAUUUGGGAAGCUCUUUUCUCUGACUGGUUAUGAUGAUGAUACAAAAAAACAAAAAAGAUAAGAGGGGGAAAGAAAAUUAAAAUAAUUAUCUUAUUAUUUUGGUUUUGUUUUUCUCUCUGUUAUUAUUAUUAAGUUGUUUUUAUUUUAUUUCUAAUGAAAUUACUACUAUUAGUUUAGUUUUCAUAACUCAGUUUGAAUGUAUGAUAUUCCAUUUUCUAGUCAUCAAUUUAGUUCUUCAACUUUACUA